AGCGGCUUGUGAGUGUGAGGCGGCGGCCGCGCCUCGGGGGGAAGACGGGGAAGGAGGCGGAGGAGAGGCCGAGGCUUCAGGAGCAGCCAUGGAGGGGGAGGUGACCUUAGACGCCGUGUACCAGGCUGUACAAGCUUUAUAUCAUCACCCGGACCCGCAGGGAAAGGAGAGAGCGUCGGCCUGGCUGGGAGAGUUUCAGAAAUCAAUGUUCUCUUGGCAAAUCUCAGACCAGCUGCUGAGGUUGCGACGGGACGUGGAGUCCUGUUAUUUUGCUGCUCAGACCAUGAAGAUGAAGAUCCAGUACUCGUUUUACGAGCUGCCGCACGAGACGCACGCCUCACUACGGGACUCGCUGCUAACACACCUGGAGAGCCUCAAGGACAUGUCACAGGCCAUUGUAACACAGCUGGCACUCGCUGUCGCGGAUCUCGCUAUACAAAUGACCACGUGGAAGAGCUGUGUGCAGACCUUAACUGAGAAGUACGGCAACGACGAGACAGCGCUCCCGUUCCUGCUGGAGAUCCUCACCGUGCUGCCGGAGGAGGUGCACAGCCGCUCGCUGCGAAUCGGCGCCAACCGCAGGACGGAGGUCAUCGAGGACCUGGCGUACCAUGCCAGCAUUGUCAUUGGGCUUUUGACGGCCUGUAUGGAGCGAUGUGGCCACAACGAGAAGCUGAUGAUUAAAGUCUUCCGUUGCCUGAUGAGCUGGAUUAACCUGGGAGUCCUACACACAGACCACGUCGCCAGCAGCCAGCUCCUCGUGGCUCUCUUUCAGGUGCUGAGACACAACCAGACGUCCUCUAACCUGCACGAGGUGGCGAGCGACUGUGUGUGCGCGGCGCUAUACGCAGUGGAGAGUUUACAGGAGAACCUGCGGCUGGCCCUGCAGCUACAGGAGGGGGUGACGGCUCUGGAGGAGGCCUAUCAGACCGCCGUGGCCUGUGAGGACAUGGACAAAGCGCUGAAUUAUUGCCGGAUCUUCACGGAGUUGGCAGAGACGCUGCUGGAGAUGGUGAUCCGCUCCCCGGGACAGGGCCUGGGAGAUCUCAAAACCCUCGACCUCAUCCUCAACUGUGUGAGCCACGAACAGUACGAGGUGGCUGAGAUCACGUUUAACUUCUGGUACCGGCUGGCCGAGACCUUGCACAAGAUGAAGGACCAUUCCAUGAACCACGUCUUCAGGCCCUAUUUCCAGAGACUCAUCCAGUCGCUCACAUUCCACUCCCAGAUGGAUCCCGACCACGAGGGUGUUCUGGAGGAGACGGAUGAUUUCUUCGAGUUCCGGCUGCGUGUCUCUGAUCUCCUGAAAGACGUGCUGUUCCUGAUCGGGGCCUCUGAGUUUUUCUCGAGGUUGUAUUCGACGCUGAAGGAGGGCAGCCCGGCCUGGGAGGAAACCGAAGCCGUGCUAUUCAUUAUCACCGCAUUAGUCAAAAACCUGAACCCGGAGAAGGAGCAGAGGUUGGCGGAUGUGGUACAGGCGGUGAUCCAUCUCCCUGACAACACACACCUGGCGGUGCAGCACUCCGGAAUCCAGCUACUGGGGGAGGUGGGCGAGUACAUCAAUAACAACACACAGUGCCUGGAGCCGGUGUUGAAUUUCUUGACUCAGCGCUUGAAGCAGAAGGAGCUGGCCAAUGCCACAGCCAACUCCAUCCAGAACAUCUGUGUGGUGUGUCGGGACGCCAUGACUCAGCACUUUGAGGGCUUGCUGCAGAUAGCCUGGUCCCUCGACACCCUCGCCACCUCCCACGAUGCCUCCAUCGGCCUGCUCCGAGGUAUCUCCCUGGUGUUGGCCCGACUCCCGACUGAGAAGAUCCAGGAGACGUUCCAGGCUCUGUGCUUGGUGCAAGUCUCCGCGCUGAAGAAGUUGCUGUCGGCUGAGCUGACCAGUGGGGUGUCUAACGACCCCGCUGUGUGGCUUGACAGGUUGGCAGCCAUCUUCAGACACACAAACCCUGUAGUGGCUGAAGGGAGACCCCAUCCUUGCCAGAAGGUCAUUCAGGAGAUCUGGCCCAUCAUCUCCGAGACACUGUUUAGGCACCAGGCAGACAAUCGCAUGGUAGAGCGUUGCUGUCGGUGUCUGAGGUUUGCCAUCCGAUGCGUGGGUAAGGGAUCAGCCACGUUAAUCCAGCCCCUGGUGUCUCAGAUGGUGAGCGUAUACCAGCUAUACCAGCAUUCCUGUUUCCUGUACCUGGGCAGUAUUCUGGUGGAUGAAUAUGGUGCUGAGGAGAGCUGCACAUACGGGCUGCUGGAUAUGAUGCAGGCGUUUUGCGGUCCAACAUUCCAGCUUCUAGAACAGCCCAGCGGCUUCCAGAACCAUCCGGACACGGUGGACGACCUGUUCCGACUGGCGACCAGGUUUAUCCAGCGCAGCCCCGUGACAUUGAUCCAGAGCCCCGUCAUGUCCUUGAUCAUCCGCUGUGCCAUCGCUGCAGCCACCCUCAACCACAGGGACGCAAACUCCAGCGUCAUGAAGUUUGUACAGGAUCUCGUUCAUCUGGGCGUCGUCAAAGAGCGAGUGGAGGACUUUGAGUUGAGGAAGAACCUUGUGCGGGGGAUCCUAGCAGAAAGCGGGGCUCUGCUGGUCAGCCAGCUGCUGAGGGCGAGCUGCUUCUACCUGGUGCCCAGCAUGUUGGGUACUGUGGCCGAGGUCAUGUGGGAGCUCCGAGCCUUCGACCACAAGGCCUUCUGUCAGUGGCUGGAGGACGCUUUGAAGGGCCUUCCCAAGGAACUGUCAGCCGGAGCCAUCACAGCAACAGCGAAGCAAAUGAUGGAAUUUCACAAGCAGGUGAUGUGCAGCGCUGAAGAUGCCGCCAUGAUCAGCUGGUCCUUGAUGGAAUUCUCCGGCUUCUACAGAUAGCGAGCGUGAGUUGCCGAGCAAAGUGAGACUUGUGUGAGCAGCUCUCUGGGACUGAGCCACGACUCCGACAGA